AUGUCUCCUCUGGGGCCAGACUUAUACCUAGACCUUGAUCCAAGAUUCCCUCAUUGUGAAUUGUUUGAUAGCCGUUUAUUUGUGGCGGGAUUCACGGCCACAGCAUCUACCAAAGCACGAGCCGCCAUCCAUGGGAUAUUCCAAACCAUAGGCAUCAUCUGCAUAGAUACAUUACUAAAAUGCCAAAUGGAAUAUCAGAUACCAAGAUACUCGCUGAUUGGACUUAACAGAUGCCAUUUAUGUGAGGAUAAAAUAGAUUUGGUGCUGGCAUCAACACAUUUGAUGUCAUGCUGUCCGGAUAUGCGAGUUCCUGAGCAGAAUUCUAUUACCCCAGCCUAA